GAUGUGUCGGGGGUGUCUCCAGAGAGGGAGAGAGGAGAGGAGAGAGAGAGAGAAGCAUCACCAAUUCUAUAAUCAAUCAACAGAAACCAAACUUCUUCCCCCAGAAACGUCAUUUUCAUCGACAUCAAACCUAACCCAAUAUAUAUUAUACAUCGACCCGUCAAUUCUCUCUCUUUCUUGUAUAUAUAUUACUCAUCGACUCAUCAAUUCUCUCUCUUUUUUGGUUCAUUGACUCGUCGAUCGGUCGAUUGUUCGAUCAAUUGAUCUAAUUUAACGGCCAUGGAAGUUCGUCACACUCCGGCGACGGACAAUUCGUCAGUCCCUCAGCAGCAGCAGCGGCCGUCGCCGUCAAAGCAGCCCAAACCCUCUCCUAACCCCGUCGACACUUCUUCCGUCUCUCAAAGGCUUCAGAAGGAGUUGAUGUCUUUAAUGAUGAGUAGUGGAGACAUUGGAGUGUCUGCUUUUCCUGAAGGUGAGAGCAUUUUUGCGUGGAUUGGCACAAUUGAGGGCGGGAAAGCAACUAUGUAUGAGGGUUUAUCGUACAAACUAUCUUUGCGCUUCCCCCUGGACUACCCUUUCAAACCACCCCAAGUGAAGUUUGAGACGAUGUGCUUCCAUCCAAAUGUCGAUCAAUUUGGCAAUAUUUGUCUUGACAUUCUCCAGGACAAGUGGUCUUCAGCCUAUGACUGUAGAACUAUCCUUUUGUCCAUCCAAAGUCUCUUGGGAGAGCCCAACACCGAAAGUCCUCUCAAUAGCUAUGCUGCAACACUGUGGCAAAACAAGGAAGAUUACAAGAAAAUGGUACACAAGCACUAUUUUGAUGGAGAAGCAAUUGAAAGCUGAUUGAUAGAUAUUUCUCACAAAUGAGAGAAGUGACUAUCAUGCUGCCAUUAAUUCCUCUGAUAAAGCAAGCUCUUGAAACAGAGGUUGAUUUACUGGGAAAUGGAAGGUACAGAGUUCGUUCCUUGAAUGACAUUUGAAACAUAGAAUUUGUAAUUAGCAUCAAGUGUACUCUUCCGUUUUCUUGUUUAGUUGAACAUUCUUAAUACCAAAAGAGCAUUGAUUUUGCUGGUGUUAAA